GGGCUCAGUGUGCGGGGCUGCGCGGCGCCGGCCGCUGCGCUUCGCCUGGGUGCCCCGCAGCGCUCCGCCCAUGGGGCAGCCGCGCAGGGCCCCCCCGCCGGGCCGCUCCCUUGUGUCCUGCUGAACUCGAGUGCUCGGGAUGUUCAGCUGAUGAUGCCCAAGUUGUCUGAGUUACCUGCAGAGGAGUAAAUGCACCAGGCGUGCCUGGCCGAGCGUGCUGGAUGUGUCAGACGGCCCGGCAAGCUGCUGCUGGCUGCAGGACAGCAUUUCUUGUCCGAGGUCACGGUGACGGCUGGUGCGUUGCUCUCGGACCAGGACAGCUUCCCCACAGCUCGCGAUGGGCCGCCUGCGGCCGGCCCUCAGCACCCUGCCCUAGAGCGGGCCGAUUCUCCCGCGCCAGGGCUAUGAGGAGCUGUCUGCCGGCGUAGCAGCAAGAUUUCCGUGCUUUUAAAAAACUUUCGAUGUUCUGUACCCUGCGAGGUUUCAUGUGAAGCGCUUCCUGCGGCCUCUCCCCUCAGCUGUCCCGCCGGCGGGGCAGAGGCCUGCGCGCUGCCAUGGCGGCCAAGCAGCCGCCGCCGCUGAUGAAGAAGCACAGCCAGACCGACCUGGUGAGCAGGCUGAAGACGCGCAAGAUCCUGGGGGUCGGCGGCGAGGACGACGAUGGUGAGGUCCAUCGCUCCAAGAUUAGCCAAGUCCUGGGAAAUGAAAUCAAGUUUGCUGUCCGGGAACCCUUGGGGCUCAGGGUCUGGCAGCUGGUCUCCGCCGUCAUGUUUUCUGGGGUGGCCAUUAUGGCCCUCGCUUUCCCUGACCAGCUCUACGACACCGUCUUCAACGAGGAAUCGGCGAGCAGCAAGACUCCCAUCCGGCUCUAUGGAGGAGCCCUCCUCAGCAUCUCGCUCAUCAUGUGGAACGCCCUGUACACGGCUGAAAAAGUCAUCAUCCGCUGGACCCUGCUGACGGAGGCGUGCUACUUCGCUGUGCAGUUCCUGGUUACCACGGUUUCCCUGGUUGAGAGUAGCCGGAUAGCCACGGGUGCUGUGCUCCUCCUGGUCAGCCGAGUCCUCUUCGUCCUCAUCAGCAUUUAUUACUAUUACCAAGUUGGACGCCGUCCCAAGAAAGUCUAAUUCCUGGGCUUUUUGGCAUGGGAAGGGGGGGGGGGGUGUCGGUAAUUUUGCAUUUAUAAUUAUAACUUUUUUCUGUUAGUCCCUUUUUGUUCUUAAAUGGUUUCCUUUUCCACUUACCGGCAUGAAUCAGUGUGUAACCCGAUGCUGGUGGCAGAGCCAGGUGAAAAUUUGGGGAGAGCAGCGUCGUGCGGGUCCCCCCCCUACCAGCCCCUCUGCGGGAGGCAAGCGAGGAGCGCGAGGAAGGCUCAGGGAGGUGUACAGGCCUGGCAGCCUCAGGGAAAAGAGCCGGUUUCCCAGGGGAACUGGCUGAUGGGAUCACAGGCUCUGAAACCAUUGGAAAAAAAGCACAAAACAAGAAACAAUCCCUGAGGAGACAGGGAGUUAAGGCAACCAGUGAAGGACUUGGCUACUCCCCCGGUAAGUGUUGCACCUGCCUGUUGGAGGGUGUCCUAGUGUGUACAGCCUGCGUCCCCUUUAGCACGCACUUGCUGUUCACCUGGCCGGGAGCUGGCUGUAGCUCAGUGCUCUCUGAAUUUGCAAACAGCUGUGUUUUCCUUGCUGCCAGAGGUGCCACGCCGGCUUUAUUUUUUCAGUGGGUGCUGUGCAAAUCUCGGCAGGAGAGACAGCGAAAACUCCUGGUUUGUUCCCUUUGAAGGGACAGCACUGGGAACAGUGGUGCAGCUUGAACUACAGUAUGUGAGAGGUCAAGGAGGCUAUUGGGAAAAGCCUGCUGAGCACAAAGACAUCCCUUUGCUUGGGACGUUCUGUGACGUUUCUAAGCUGGGCUCCUGUCCCCUUCACCCCAGAACAUUUCCUAUAACCGCAGCCCUACUGAUGGUCACGGCAGGGGUAGGUGUGAGGCAGAGGGCCUGACACUAGUGGAAUAGGGGGGUGGAGACUGCUGUGGUUUGCAGUAGUGAGAGCAGAGUGAGCAUCAGUGCGGCUGCUCGGGUUAGGCUGCAGCCUCCAGCGAGAGGAGUCCUGCUGCAAGAGACCGUGUUCCAGCUCUGCUACAAUGUGGGCAUCGUGGCAUCUCUGGGUUUGGGACUAAAGGACCAAAGUUCAUAGCAUGACAAGGCUUAGGACACUACUUAACUGGGAUGAAGAACAGCAAGGCGUGAGGGGACAUACGAAGGCUUUGUCCUCUAGCUCAAUCAAGGCAGGAUGUGCGUGCUGUACUAGUCAGUGGCCAGUUUCUCCAACACCUACGGGGCUUAGCAGCAAUGGCUGCCUAUUUUCCUAGUGCUGUCCAUGCGGAUUAUCCCUGUCCACAGCUGGAGGCUGCAUUUUUCUCUAUGGGCCUAAAGGCAGAAGGGCUGUGUACAGGAUAUGGACGUCUUAUUCAAGUGCUACUGUUGGUGGGAUCAAAGCAUGCCCUGGAGUAGAGCUGAUGUCCCAAAAUCCUGGUAGAAAGCUGCCUCCACAAACAGAAGUGCUUGUGUGACCAACAGACCUCAAACCACUGGUGAGACUGGGAUCCAUGGCUGUUUGCUGUUUAAUACCUUAGUAUAGUUAGAAGAAGCUAGUGGGUAGUUACUGUAUGGUGUGUUAGUGUUUUUGGCGUUUAGAAGCAGCUGCAUCAACUUGGGACACUGUGUGCAGUGCACCUACUGCCCAUGCAAAAUGUGUGUCAGGUCAGAAGUAGUGGGACCAGGAGACUGGUUCAGUCUGCAACUGUAAGUAUUUCUCCAAUGAAAUAAAUCCACCGCAGAGGCAACAUCCAACAGCAGACUAAAUGCUGGAGCUUCCCAACGUAUUCCUGCCAAGCUGCUUUCAACAUGUCCAAGAUACAAUAGCGAGCAACUGAAAUUUAUAUUUAAGCGGAGCCUUCCUGUUUAGGUGGAGGAGGUGGGCUCUGGGAGGGAAACCUCUUCCCUGUGAGGCAGGAAAUGAUGUGCAGCCCACAGAAUAUCACAAAUGAGACCAAAGGGUGCUGCGUGUGGGAGCUGGAACGUGGCAGGCUGUGGCUGUUGCUCUCACCCUGCACACCGUCUGCAUGGGCGGCGCAUGGCUUCAGUGCAGCCCUGCAGCUCUAAGUGUUGGUAUAGGUAAGUGAAGCUUGAUUCUUUGUGUUUUGGGGGGUCACAUGAAUGUAUACACAGACUGAUCGGAGGGUUGGGGGUGGGAAAGCCGAGUAAAACUGACCAAACCAAAAGCAAUCUUAACAGGAGAUGGAGGGCCACCUUAACGCUGUCCUCUCCCACCCAUGUUGGCUGCAGGACCUAGGGUCUUAGUUAAGCCAUGACUUUGGGUCUGUGGAGAGGACUGCCUGAAUAGGGUACCUUAAAAUGCCAUCCAGCAGGUGAAAGAAAUGAGUCAGCACACAGUUCUCUUAAGACUUCUUGAUGGUUAAAUCAGGUGGGGGUGGGCAAUGAAAGCUUUCCCAUGAAGCUUUAAAUCAAGUGAGGUCAGAUUCCUCUUCGGUUCCCUGCUUAGCAGCUGUCUGCAGAACUUAAAGCAGCAAGCCACUUCUCGUUUUGCCAUUUGAUGUCUGUCUGCAGCACUGUCAGAAACCAACUGUGGUUGUUUGUCUUCACUCUGAUGUGAGCUGGGGAGAGGAGGGAGGAGGAUGCUGAACCUUUUGUACUGAAAUGUGUCCCUGAGGGGAUGUGUCCAAUUUCGGGACUGUGGCUGCAGGUGGCAGUUGAGCACAUAAUUUGGGAUCAAAAGCCUGAGGCAGCGCUUCAGGCCCUUCUGCUGAGCGAACUCCAUCUCCACAGGCCUCAGUUUCCUCACCUGUUCACGUGUGCAGAAGGCUUUGGACUGCUGUCAUCUCCCACGGGAGACAGUUUGCACUGCAUUACCUGCUUGCCGUUGUGUCACGCUGUGCACGGCUGCAGGUCGUGCUCUCCAAAGGGCCGUGCUCUGAGCAGGCACAGGCAGGACUGAGGCUGACCCUGCUCCUGCCGGAGAGCGACCCUAGCCUGGCAUUCCUGGAGCCCUCGCUUCUGAGGGUGAAGAAAGCUCGCAUUCACAUAACUCUCUGCAUCGCCUUAUUUACGCCUAACCAACAUCUGGCAAACUGGACCUGGUGAGAAAAGAGAGGCUGUCUGUCUGUCUGUCCUAAGCCGGCCAAUUCUUUCUGGUCAACAGUUUUUACUUGGGGGGAAGGGGAGAAGGGGACACGUCAGUUUAUACCUCAUUUUGGCUGCUGUACCUGAAUUUAUUCUUUCUCCUUUAGUAAGAAAGUGACUGUACUCAACACCAAACAAAUAGUGAAAAUUAAAGCCGUUUCACUUCACUG